CAGUCUAUACACUAUACAGCCACGAGAAAAGUAAUUCUCCAAAAUCGCUUAGCAGUUGGCUCUUUGAAGAUGAUGAUGGUUCAGAGCACUUCUAUCUCUAUACUCUGCUCAUCAAAUUCUAUCUCUUCACUUCCUAAAUCCCCGCGCUAUCCCCGUCUAUUAAACCCAUCUCCGUCUCCUUCUCGCACCAAAUGGCGCCUCAUUGCUCUUCAAGCUACUCAUGGGUUCAGACUCCCUUCUUUACACUGCACUGCUCUUUCAUCUGCUUCAGCUGCUGAAGAGAUAGCAGAGACGAGCAGUAAAGACUUAGACUUUGUUGAGAUUGGGUAUGUAUCUGAUGUACAUGGGCUUGAGGGAGAAAUUCGUGUAAAACAUAACACUGAUUUUCCUGACUUGCGCUUUGGAACGCCGGGCAAAAGAUGGUUGCGGCAACAAUAUUCUGGAAGAGAUGAAAUUGUUGAAGUUGAGAUCGAGGAAGGAAGAGGCCAUCCAGGAAGUAAGAGUUGGAUAAUUAAAUUGAGCGGCUUUGACAAUAUAGACGAGGCUCGGCAGCUUGUGGGGUCAACUUUUCUCGUGAGGAAUAUUGACAGGCCAGAGCUAGAGGAGGGUGAAUAUUACAGUCGUGAUCUUGUUGGCAUGAGGGUUAUUCUUAAGGAGACAGGUGAAGCAGUGGGAACUGUUGUUAAUGUCUUCAACAGUGGUGGAAAUGAUCUCUUACAUGUCUUCCUUGAAGCAUCCACUGGAUCCCCUGAUGGAAGUAUGAAGCAGAAGCCAGAGAAAUAUGAAUCAGAUCAUCUUGUUUGGGUUCCAUUUGUCGAAGCAAUAGUUCCUGAUGUUGACAUGGACAAAAGAGAAAUGCAGAUUACUCCUCCAAAGGGACUUUUUGAGUUGAAUGUGCGUUCUGAUGAGAGGUCUAAGAAGGAAAGACGUCUAAUAGAAUGGAGAGAGAGAAAGAAGAUCCAGAGGCGCCUUGUUUCUGCAAAAAAGAAAUUGCAUGAGUUAGAGCAGCAACAUAUCUUUCAUGGGUUUCAACAUGGAGAAAAAUCCCAGAAGAACUUACUAGCAGAGCAGAUUAUUUGUGUAAAUUUAAAUUUGCUUCAGCAGGCACUACAAGCUACACAGAAACCCGUUAAUGGGUGUAACAUAGGGGAGGCUGUUCCAGAUGUUACCGCAUGGAAAUGUGGCAAUUCUUUGAAAAUAUCAGAGAAGUACCUCACAAGUAUAAGCAUAGAGAAACUUGAUACAUACUCAGAGCACGGGGAAACUGGGGUUCAUCUCAUAUCUGAAGGCAAAUUUGCUACUAUCUUAGUCUUAAACAGUGGAAAUCCGGAGAAAUAUUUCGAAUCUGAUGAUGUAGACAUUGAAAAUGGUGAAAAUCCAACAAUUUCCCAGCUGGAGACUUUGCUUUCAGACAAGCAAACAUUCAUUCAGGCAGAACAACGUGAAUCUGUAUCGAUUAUCUUCAUUUCUCCUGCUGAGGAAAUUCAAUAUCUUGAGAAGUUAUUCGCUAGUCAUGACUUCUUUAGUUUCAAUCAUGAAAAGGUGAGAUUCUUAGAAGAGGAGAAAAUUCCCGUCGUUAGCAUUUCAGCAGCAGAACAGAAGAGCAAAGUACUGAUGAAGUCACCUUGGGAAAUGUACCAAUCACCAGUCGGAUUUGGCGGGGCAAUAAGUGCACUUGCUUCUAAUAAUAUUUUGGAAGAUCUAGUUAAAUCAGGGGUGGAGUACAUUGAGGUUUGCAGCAUAAACCAAAGAUGCCUGUGCGGAAACCCUGUUUUUCUGGGCUUUGUACAUUCACAAGAAACAGAUAUAGGAAUUAUGACUUUCGAAGAUAAGAUAGAGUCUGAAGAUAACUUCCAUGUAAUACUGCCAAUGAAAUCUAUGCAGAAGUUGGUGAAACAGAUGGAGAAACUUCCCUUGCAUGCCAUCUUGAAGUCGUAUUCACAUGUUGAUUUGAUUAACAAGGAGUGGGUAGAUAUUAAACCUUCCACACCCAACUCUUAUGAGUUCCGUAGCCCACUUCCGAGUUUACUGAAUGCAUGUUCUCUUGAAAAGGCUUGUGUUAUGGAGGUUACCAAGUAAUUUUGUUAAGAUACUUGUCAUUUUUUAGAUUAGGUUUUGUAAAAUUUAUUCUAGUUGUAGAUUAGGGUCUGUAAAAUCUACAGUAGUUGUACACUUCAUAUAUGACGUACAAAUUUUGUAUGGCCUGAUAAUCCUAUUUUUACGCAAGCUUAUUCUUGCCCUUAGACCAUGUUUAGAUAAAAAUUGGGAGGAAACGCUGUUGUUGAUUGCUGACACUGUCUUCGAGCAUCAAAAUUCAGAGUAGUUGAUUGCUGAUACUGUCUACCAUAGAAGAGUUCUUGCUGAGUUUUUGCUGUUGAAGAAGAGUUCAAACUUUGAAGUUCCUGGAAAAGCUGUUGUAAUAUUAUGCUGAUUGCAGUGCUCUCUUUGAAGAGUUGAGAGUAUUAUGAUGUCAUGGACACAUAAAUGACAAGAAUUUAGUUAUAUGAUUGGGUCAGUUAUGUGUCUCUAAUGAAAUUGUUCUUAUAGGUUAAACUUUUUGUGAUGA